AUGAAAGUGCCUAAGCCUCCACCCAUCUACAUCACAACGCGGAGUUUCAAAAACUGUACUGCUGACCAGUUCUCCGUUGACAUCACACGAGUACCAUGGGAAACUGUGAAAUUAAUGGCCUCAGUGGAUGACAGAGUGGAUGCUUUUAACAACCUCUUUCUAACAUGUCUUGAUAAUCAUGCCACCAUAAAAACUCUGAAACUAAAGCGCAAAUCAAAUCCAUCCAUCACUGCUGUGAUCAGGGAACGGAUAAAUACAAGGAAUAAGCUCCAUAAGCGGGCGCGUAAGAGCGGAAGCCACGAGGAAUGGAAAGCUAAUAAAUAA